GAACUUUUGAAACUGAAUCAUUUCCCGCUUCAUUUUCUCAUUUUCUCUCUCUUUUAGUGCUACUCACAAAGUCAUAAUUCCAAAUUCGCGACCCGCAAAGGCUAUAUGACCGUCAUGUUAACAGAAUCCGGCGACUUCUCCUCUGCUCAUGAUCCUCUCUUCCCGUGGCUAGUGUCAAUCAAGAAUGCACUUGAUAACAAAGCUUUCGGUGAUUUAGACAAGCGUGUAAUUGAUUGUGUUAAGACUUUCAAGCACAAUACCCACUACCAGAACGAUCCCAGAUUUCUCAAGAUUUGGCUCCUCUAUUUGGAAGGUAUUGAUGACUCAGAAAUUGUUUUCAAAGAAAUGGAGGAGAACAUGAUAUGUAUUGAUCAAUCUUUGCUUUAUGAACAGUGUGCCAUUCUCCUUGAAGUCAAAGAGAAUUGGCAGCGAGCACACAUGGUUUACCAGAUUGGCAUUUUAAGGAAAGCCAAACCCCUUGAAAGAUUGAUGGGAGCACAUGCUUUAUUUCUUGACAGAAUGUCCCACAGGGUAAAUGGUUGGUCACUUAAAAAGAUAGAUGGUGUUGAAUCCAUUGCACAUGGGAGAAAAUACAUUAAUCCAUGGUCCACCUCCACCAAGGAAGAGAUAUGGAAGAAGAUAAACGCUCAAAUCAUGAGAUAUGAUGGAUACCAUGCAAGUAAUAAAGCAUACUCUGGGAAAGUGGACUUGUCUUCUCUAGGAAAAGCAUCAAGAAAUAAGAUUGUUAAGAUAGGUGGAAAGCAGUACCAAAUCAAGGGUUGUGCUGGUCAGGGUGGUUUUGCUAAUGUAUUUAAAGCAUAUGUCAAUAGUAAUCCUGAUGACGUUGUUGCAUUAAAGAUACAAAAGCCGCCUUUUCCCUGGGAAUUUUACAUUUAUCGUCAACUUGAUGAACGGAUCUCAAACAAGCAAAGGUCAAGCUUUGGUUUUGCUCAUGGAAUGCAUGUAUAUUCCGACUACAGCAUACUUGUCUGUGACUAUCUAUCCCAUGGAACUCUCCAUGAUGUCAUAAAUUCCUAUGUUGUCAUUGGGAAGUCCAUGGAGGAGGUUUUAUGCAUUUAUUACACUGUAGAGAUGCUCUACAUGCUGGAAACUUUACAUGAUGUUGGCAUAAUUCAUGGUGAUUUCAAGCCCGAUAAUCUUCUUGUUCGCUAUUCCAGGAAUGACCUUACUGAAGAUGGGUUUUUGGAUCGAAGUGGCCCUUGGGUUGAUCAGGGCCUCUGCCUUGUUGAUUGGGGGAAGGGAAUAGAUAUGCAUCUCUUUCCUCAAGAUGUAGAAUUCGAGGGAGAUUGCCGGACUUCUGGCUUUCGCUGUAUUGAAAUGCAAGAACAUAAGCAGUGGAGGUUUCAGGUGGACACAUACGGCCUCUGUGUCAUCGUCCAUUUGAUGCUGCAUAAUUCUUAUUUGGAGAUUGAAAAGAAAGCAACAUCAGAUGGCAGCUGCGUUUAUCUACCAAAAACACCUCUUAAACGAUAUUGGAAUGUCGAUCUAUGGAAAGAACUCUUCACAAAGCUGCUCAACAGCAGCACAAACAAUGAUGAUAAGUUAUUGCACAACUUGAGGAAACAAUUCCAGAAUUACUUGUUCUCUAAUCGUCAACUGUUCAAGAAACUAAAAGACUUGCUGGCAAAGCAAAGACUUUCCUUGUGUUCUGCUUAGCAUAUGUUUCUUGCAGAAUUUUAUGACCAACUUUUAGUUGUUAAAUGAGCAUAGAUUUCAGGCCACAGAUAUUAGAAGGUAAAAGUUCUCAUUUUGAAAUACAUAUACAUACUUGAACCUUGUUUUCAACUUUUGGUUGAUUGUUCUAUCAUUUUAGCGAAGAAGAUCUUGACACUAGAGCCAUUGCAAACGUCAAGAAUGCUAUCUUCAAAAAGAAAUGGUGUCUGCUUGCUUAUUAGUUAAAGGGAUGAUAUAUGCAGACAUGUAAAGAAGUGUUGUAAACUUGUAAUUGUCCAAAUAUUUCUUGUAUUUGUAAAUGUCUCUCCUCAAGCAAACAAACAUUGUCUAUGAAGCUACAUCAAAUUUUUUUCUUUUUUUGAAUUAGGUUUUGUUUUCCUCUUCUUCAGAAUGUUUACAGUAGUAGCAGAUUUCAAGAGUAAGAGAGUUUUUCUUCUUUCCAUUGUCCGAAUAUGAGAUUUCUUGUCAUUGUAACUUUGUUGCAAGACUAUUAUUAUUAUUUUUUUUUUUGUAAUA